CUGCCUACAGAUAUUCACCCUCCACCCCCGUACACUAUGUUAAUGAUCUGUAGCAUCAUCAUCACUGUCAUCAUGGAAGCAUCCAGUCAUAGCUGGGUGAUCAAUCUGGUCGGUGACAUCAAGGCUGGUCUGCCGAGGAUGGGUCUGACUACACACCAGCAUCCCGACCAGUAUUACGCGCGACCAAUGUGUCCCUUGUCAUCCCUUGAUCAGUGCAUGGGGUUGCCACCACCAUAUAAGCCUCUCGAUGAGAGCUCUCUCCGCCCAUGCAGACGCGCUGGCACCACCGGUGCAACCAAUAUGCACCAACGUGCUGAGGUUACCCGAGGGUCGAAACUACACGUCUCCUGGAUGGGCAACGGACACACUAACUCUGUCUCUGAUGGUACAUGCAUCGUAUUCAAGAUAGCUCCAUACGCCGAAGACCCUUCAUGGGAGAAUUUCACUGUGUUGGAGAAGUGUCUACCAUUUUACCAUACGAACGUUGCUAAAGACCCAACCUCGGCUGAUAUCACCAUUCCGGCUGAUACCGAGCCCGGGAUCUACACCGUUCUCUAUAUGUGGUCCAAAUUUGAUGGUGUUUAUUAUGCUACUUGUUCGGAUAUAAUCGUACAUUAGCAAUGAUGAUUCAACUCUUCCUACACUCGUCCUAUUUCAAUGCUUACCUUUUGAUUUUUUUGAAGAUUUUCUUGAUUUCAUCUCCUUCACUGACACUCCUUAGAGAGUAUAUUUGCACGUGUUUGGUCCAUAUUUCCGAGUAUAAAA